UAGUGUGAUGAAAUCUCACACCAUAUUCCUUUGCCCUGCCCUGGAUGUGAAUCAUCCUUUUGUCCAAUGUGUCCAUUCUGUAUACAUUACCUACCUAUUUGCCACUUGAUAGUCCUCUUGGUUAUCAGAUUGUUGUGGUAUUGCAAUGCUUGUACAAAUUCAGUUAACCCUUAUUUUACUUAAUAGUGGCCCCAAAGCACAAGAGUGGUGACUCUGGCAUAUUGUUAUAUUUAUUCUAUUUUAUUAUUACUUAUUGUUAAUCUCUUGCUGUGCCUAAUUUAUAAGUUAAACUUUAUCAUAGGUGUAUAUAUAGGAGAAAACAUAAUGUAUAUAGGGUUCAGUACCAUCUGUGGUUUCAGACAUCCAAGGGGGAUCUUGGAAUGUAUUCCCUCAGGAUAAGGGGGGAAUACUGUAUGUAUUUCAGACAAAAUAGACUUUAAGUCAAAAGCUAUAACAAGAGCAAGAGACACGGGCAUUACAUAAAUGUUGAAGAGGUAAAUUCUUUUUUUUUUUUCUUUGAGACAGAAUCUCCCUCUUGCCCAGGCUGGAGUGCAGUGGUAUGAUCUCAGCUCACUGCAACCUCUGCCUCCUGGGUUCAAGUGAUUCUCCUGCCUCAGCCUCCUGAAGCUGGGACUACAGGCACGUACCACCACGCCCGGCUAAUUUUUGUAUUUUUGGUAGAGAUGGGUUUUCACCGUGUUGGCCAGGCUGGUCUUGAACUACAGACCUCAAGUGAUCCACCCACCUCAGCCUCCCAAAGUGCUGGGAUUACAGGUGUGAGCCAUUGAGCCUGGCCCAAAGAGGUAAAUUCAUCAAGAUGAUUGGAGCAUCAAAAUACAUAAAGUAAAUAACAGAUUUUUUUUAAUAGUGAAAGCAAGCUUAUUAAGAAAGUAAAGGAAUGAAAGAAUGGCAGAACAGCCCUCUUAACAGACUUGAAGAGGGAAAUAGACAGCAAUAGAAUACCCCACUUUCAACAAUGGAUAGAUCAGACAGAAAAUCAAAGAGGAAACAUUGAACUUGAGCUGCUCUUCAGACAAUAUGGGCCUAAGAGACAUACACACAACAUUUAUCCAACAGCAGCAGAAUACACAUGCUUCUCAAGUGCACAUGGAAUGUUCUCCAGUAUAAAUAUGUUUGGUCACAAAACAAGUCUUAAAUUUAAGAUUGAAAUCAUAUUGAGUAUCUUUUGACUAUAAUAGUCUGAAAUUAGAAAUCAAUAACAGGAUGAAAACCAGAACAUUCACAAACAUGUGGAAAUUAAAAAGUUUCCUGAACAACCGAUGGGUCAAAGAAUCAAAAAAGAAAAAAAUAUCUUGAGACAAAUUAAAGUGGAAACACAGCAUAUCAAAAUUUAUGGGAUGCAGCAAAAGGAGUUCUAAAAGGGAAGUUUAUACCUCCAUUAAGAAAAAAGAAAGAUCUCAAACAAGCUAAUGUUACACCUACAGGAACUAGCCAAAGCCUAAAGUUAGCAGAAAGAAAGAAGUAACAGGCCAGGCACAGUGGCUCACGCCUGUAAUCCCAGCACUUUGGGAAGCUGAGGCAUGUGGAUCACGAGGUCAGGAGUUCGAGACGAGCCUGGCCAACAUAGUGAAACCCUGUCUUUCCUAAAAAUACAAAAAUUAGCUGGGUGUGGUGGCACGCGCCUGUAGUCCUAGCUACUCGGGAGGCUGAGGCAGGAGAAUUGCUUGAAUCCGGGAGGCGGAGGUUGCACUGAGCUGAGACUGUGCCAUUGCACUCCAGCCUGGGUGACAGAGUGAGUCUCCAUCUCAAAAAAACAAAACAAAACAAACAAACAAAAAAGAUCAGAGCAGAAAUAAAUGAAAUUUAUAUGCCUUUUCUCCUACAUUAAAAAGAAAGAACUGAUACCAAUCCUUCUCAAACUCUUCCAAAAAAUUGAAGAGGAGGGAAUAAUUUCAAAUUCAUUUUACAGGGUCAGCAUUACCCUGAUACCAAAGCCAGAUAAGGACACUACAAGAAAAUUACAUCCCAGUAUCCCUGAUAAACACAGAUGCGAAAUCCUCAACAAAAUACUAGCCAACUGAAUUUGGCUAGUAUAUUUAAUAGAGCCUGUUAAAAGAUUAUACACCAUGAUCAAGUGGGACUUAUCCCUUGGAUGCAAGGAUGGUUCAACACACACAAAUCAGAUGUGAUAAACUGUCUUAACAGAAUGAAGGACAAAGGCCAUAUCAUCUCAAUAGAUGCAGAAAAAGCAUUUCACUAAAUUCAACAUUCUUUUGUGAUAAAUACCCUACAAUUUAGAUAUAGAAAGAACUUACUUCAACACAAUAAAGGCCAUAUAUCACAAGCCCAGAACUAAUAUUAUUGUCCGUGGUGAGAAACUGAAAGCUUUUCCUCUAAUUUAGGAAGAAGACAAGGAUGCCCACUCACUACUUCUAUUCAACAUAGUGCUGGAAGACUUAGCCAGAGCAAUCAGGCAAGAAAAAGAAAUAAGAGGCAUUCAAAUCAGAAAGGAAGAAAUAAAAUUGUCUUUGUUUGCAGAAGACACUAAAUGAAAUAAGCCGGACAGAUAAAUAAUGCAUGAUCUCACUUACAAGUGGAAUCUAGAAAAAGUUAAACUCACAGAAACACGGUAGAAUCAUGGUUACCCAGGCUAGGAGGUCAGGGAAGAAGGAAGAUAAUGGUCAAAGGGUACAAACCUUCAGCUAAAAGAUGAAUAAGCACCGAGACCUUAUGUACAGCAUGGUAACUAUAGUUAAUAAUAAUGCAUACCUGAAAUUUGCUGAGAGAGUAGAUCUCAAGUGUUCUCACCACACACACAAGUUAACUACGUGAGGUAAUGGAUACGUUUAUUAGCCUAAUUGUAAUCAUUUCACAAUGUAUACAUAUAUUAAAAUAUCACAUUGUAUAUUCUAAAUAUAUAUAAUUUUUAUUUGUCAACCAUACCUCAAUAAAGCUGGAAAAAAGAUAUAUAUAUGUAUAUGUAAAAAGUAACACAUACUGCUUUCUUCAGAGAUUCUGAUAUACCUCCCGCUUUUGCCUUCCUGUAGGAGGACUUAAGAGACUUCCUGAACUGUGUCUUUUCUUAUCAUUACUGAGAUUUUGAGGCACUGCUAUUGAUAGAGUACUUCCCAUACACCUUCCUAGAUAGUACAUGCUCACGAAGUACUUGUGGGAUUAACAGUGAUUUCAGUGAGGAGGGACUAGAAGUCGAUGGAGUUUCGCUCUUGUCACCCAGGCUGGAGUGCAAUGGCACGAUCUCGGUUCACUGCAACCUCCACCUCCCAGGAUCAAGCGAUUCUCCUGCCUCAGCCUCCCAAGUAGCUGGGACUACAGGUUUGUUCAGGUAACUUGCAUUGGCCAACAGAAUCAGAGCAAAUACAAUGUACACCUUAUCUGAAUAAAGGAUGCUACUACAUGGUUCAGCUUACAAGGAGCUAUUCUGUGAUCUCAGCUUCCAGAAUGAGAAAACACUUGGAGAGGAGCCAAGCAGAGUUGCAGUCAACUCCAAGGUGACCCUAAGCACAAGUGUAAUGUGAGUGAGAAAUACAUGUUUGUUGUUGUAAGCCACUUGGAUUUUGGGGUUGGUGAUACAGUGUAAUCCAGUUAUAAUGUGACUUAUUCCAGGGAGAGAGCUAUAGUUUUAGGAAUAUGGUUUGCUUUCUAAUUAUGAGCUUAGAUUGUAAAGACUCUGAGAAUCAAUGAUUAUUAUUUCAGGGAGUAUGUGUGCAUGUAUACCUGUCUACGUGCACGUGCUGGUUAGGUCCAAUCAUUAAUUUGUGGAGAACUUAAAAUUCCCUUAUCCUUCCCUUAUGCUUUGUCAUUCCCCUUUCCCUUUUCUUACUAAAUAAUUUGAUUCUAAAUAAAGCAGUAUCAAGAUAGGUGUCUAUGGUGAGGUGGCUGGGAGGGCAGCAGUGGCCUGGCACAGGGGGAGAGCUUUAGCAGGGUGAGAAGGGUGACUAUGCAGGGUAUUGGCUUGACAGUGGUUCUGGAGCCCAAGCAGAGUGAGAAGAACAUCCUGUGGGGGUGGGAAAGUGUCCUGGCAUGGAGAACCAGAGCGAGGAGGUGUCCACUCCUGGCAAUAGCCCAGUGCAGGGUGUCAGAGGAUAAGAUUGAGGAGGGUGUCCAUAGUAGGGGUAGCCUGAUGUGAGAGGUCAGAGUCUGAGAGGUAAAGAAGGCAUCUAUGUGGUGGGAUAGUCAGGUGCAGUGAGUGCAAGCAGGGUGAGGAGGGCAUCCGUGUAUGAGGUUACCUUCUAUAGGGAGUCAGAGUCGCAAAUGGCUGAGCAGAGUACUCUAGGGCCAGCCUGGUAUGUAUGUCAGCAUGUGGGAGAGGUGAGGAGGACACCCAUGCCUAGUGUUGGCCCAGUUGGGGUUGGGACUCAGCACUUAAGCAGGAUGAGGAGAGAGAGCAUCCUUGCAGAGGGUAGACCUGGUGUGGGUUUCAGAGACCAAGCAUGAUAAGGAGGGUGUCCGUGUGGUGGGGUAGCCCAGUGAGGGAACUCAGAUGCUAAGUAGGGUCAGAUGGACAUUAUUGCUGGGGGAUGGAGGACCUGCAUGGAGUGUCAGAGCCCAAGCAGGAUGAAGAAAGCUUCUAUGCAGAGGGUGGACUUGGUGUGGGUUUCAGAAACUUAGCAGGAUAAGGAGGUGGUCCAUGUGGUAGGAUAGCCCAGUAAGGAAAUCAGACCCCUCCAGGGUGAGGAGGGCUUCCACCCAUAGAGUGACCUUGUGUGGAGCAUUAGAACCUAAGGGGGUCUAAGUGGUGACUAGGGGACCAGCAUCAGGAAUCAGAGUGCAAGCAGAGUGAGGAGGGCUUUCCUGCAGAGGAAUGGCCUAGCACAGGGAGUCAGAGCCUUGGCAGGGUGAGGGGGAUGUUUGUUGGGGGAUGUUCAUGGGGGUGGGGAGUGGGCUGGCCCUUUGCCGGCACUCUCAGAGUGAGGAGGGAGGGCAUCAGCGCAGGGGAUGGUGGCUUGGACUGGGGAGUCAGAGCCCAACUAGGAAGAGAGGGACAUCUUAGCAGGUGGGAGAUUGACGACAUCCAGGAGAUUGAUCAAAUAAGGAAUAAGUGAAAGACAAUGAAAGCAGGUUUCUUACUGUCACAGAAAGGAGUUAGGAAUGUGGGAAGGGAGAAAACUAGAAUGAAACCUGUGGUGUUAGAUUGGAAUUAGAGGAAUUAGUGUGAACUCAUGGUGUUCAAUAUAUUUAGAUAUGGAAAUAAUAUAGAAAUAUAGAGGUGUGUGUUUGUGUGUGUGUGCAUGCAUGUAUGCAUGUGUGUUAUGCAGGAGAAGGAAUCAGCUGGGGGAGAUUAAAAGGAGGAUCAUUUGUGGAGAGUUGAGGGCAGAGAAUCCAGGUGUGAGCUGGGAGCGUGUCUAUGGAGAGAUUCCACAUGAAGGAUUUAAUAUUUGGAGUGUUUUCUUCUAGGCCUUUGGAAAAAGUCAUAUUUAGUACUUUGUUUAAGUUUAUCCCCUUCUAUACUGUGAUUCUAUAUAAUUCUCCUAACUGUUAAAAGGUAGUCAUAUAUAUUGGAGGUGGUGUGGGGAUUAAAAGGUUAGGGAAGCAUGGAAUAAAGGCUGGCCUCCCCUCUCCUCCAACAUCCAGUAAAGGGAGCUGCUUUCUGGAGAUUCUAGCAAGAUGAAUGCAGACUUUUGAUAGAGUUAGUUACCAACAAGGAAACACAGAGAGCAUGGAGGAACAGCUUCAGAAGACAUGGGGUUUAAACUUUGCCAUCCCCACCAUGCUAGAGGAAACUGAUUCUUGAAGGUGGGGAGGCUGAUAUGUGAGUUUUGUGUCAAUGAUACUCUUAGAAUGUGGUACUAACAAGUUGCCUGAUCAGUCAAAAGUGAUGAGAUGAAUGCAACAUAAGUCUUUGUUCAGGUUGUUUGGUCAAAAGUAAUUACAUUUGUGUGUGGAAGCACAGAAAUUGUAUUUUUUACUGGUGAAAAACGCAGUUCUCCAGAAAGACUCUAAUUGCUUGGUUCUUCUUUUAUUUUUCUUCCUCUUUCCGCAACCCUUUGAGUUCCCACUUUUAUUGCAUUUGCUUGCAUUUGUUUCAAGGCUGUGAUUCUCACUAUACCGGUCCUGAGGAAAGGGCUUCUGUGAACUGCGGUUUUUAGUUUUUAUUGUGGUUCUUAGUUCUCGUGAGACCCCUCUUGAGGAUAUGUGCCUAUCUGGUGCCUCUGCUCUCCACUAGUUGAGUGAAAGGAAGGAGGUAAUUUACCACCAUGUUUGGUUCCUGUUUAUAAGAUGUUUUAAGAAAGAUUUGAAACAGAUUUUCUGAAGAAAGCAGAAGGUCUCUUCCCAUUAUGACUUCGGAAAUCACUUAUGCUGAAGUGAGGUUCAAAAAUGAAUUCAAGUCCUCGGGCAUCAACACAGCCUCUUCUGCAGCUUCCAACGAGAGGACUGCCCCUCACAAAAGUAAUACCGGCUUCCCCAAGCUGCUUUGUGCCUCACUGUUGAUAUUUUUCCUGCUAUUGGCAAUCUCAUUCUUUAUUGCUUUUGUCAUUUUCUUUCAAAAAUAUUCUCAGCUUCUUGAAAAAAAGACUACAAAAGAGCUGGUUCAUACAACAUUGGAGUGUGUGAAAAAAAAUAUGCCCGUGGAAGAGACAGCCUGGAGCUGUUGCCCAAAGAAUUGGAAGUCAUUUAGCUCCAACUGCUACUUUAUUUCUACUGAAUCAGCAUCUUGGCAAGACAGUGAGAAGGACUGUGCUAGAAUGGAGGCUCACCUGCUGGUGAUAAACACUCAAGAAGAGCAGGAUUUCAUCUUCCAGAAUCUGCAAGAAGAAUCUGCUUAUUUUGUGGGGCUCUCAGAUCCAGAAGGUCAGCGACAUUGGAAAUGGGUUGAUCAGACACCAUACAAUGAAAGUUCCACAUUCUGGCAUCCACGUGAGCCCAGUGAUCCCAAUGAGCGCUGCGUUGUGCUAAAUUUUCGUAAAGCACCCAAAAGAUGGGGCUGGAAUGAUGUUAAUUGUCUUGGUCCUCAAAGGUCAGUUUGUGAGAUGUUGAAGAUCCACUUAUGAACUGAACAUUCUCCAUGAACAGGUGGUUGGAUUGGUAUCUGUCAUUGUAGGGAUAGAUAAUAAGCUCUUCUUAUUUAUGUGUAAGGGAGGUCCAUAGAAUUUAGGUGGUCUGUCAACUAUUCUACUUAUGAGAGAAUUGGUCUGUAUAUUGACUGAUUCACUUUUUCAUAAAGUGAGCAUUUAUUGAGCAUUUUUUCAUGUGCCAGAGCCUGUACUGGAGACCCCCAUUGUGCACACAUGGAGAGAACAUGAGUCUCUCUUAAUUUUUGUCUGGUUGCUAAAGAAUUAUUUACCAAUAAAAUUAUGUGAUGUGGUG